ACUCAGUUGCGAUCGGUCACUGUCAAAUAGUUGUCGUCAUCAUCAAGAUGGGAGCGAGCACCAAAACUGGAAAGUUUGCCGUCGGAUUUACGGCGGCCGCGUUCCUGUUUAUCCUGAUAUCCUUCUGUUCGCCCUACUGGCUGACAACCGAUGGCAAGCUGAGCAAACCCAAGUUUACGAAUUUAGGACUAUGGGAAUUAUGUCUGAAUGAUUUCCAAGACAUCCACAGGUUUUACGAUACACGAUUCACCGGAUGCAUGUGGAUAUUUGAAGAGGAAUAUUAUAUAUUGCAUGACUAUAUCCUACCUGGAUUCUUCCUGGCGGUGCAAUUCUUUUUCACGUUAUGCUUCACCUUACUUUUGAUGGGAUGCGUGAUGACGUUCAUGUAUUUGGGUUGCUCAAAGGACAACGAUCGCUACAUCAUGCUAUUAUUGACGAACGGAACGGCCAUGGUGGUGGGCGCCAUCUGCGGAUUCAUUGCCGUAUUGACCUUCGGAUGCAAUGGAGACAGCCGAGACUGGAUGCCGAAUUGGGAGCAUAAUGGUAUGGGAUGGGCAUUCGCACUGGGAGUCGUUGGAGUGUUUCUGCAGCUCCCAGCUGGUAUUUUGUUCAUCGUGGAGGCAAGGAGAGCAACCUAUCGUCGUUUGAACAAUAUUGCCAACUCGGAAAUGUCUGCCUAUACCAUGGAUGACCGGAAGUACCGAGGAGGGCAUACGGAUAUCUAGAAGUAUUAGUUUAAACAUAUCGUUUUGCCAAGACAGUUUUUUAUAUUAAAUAGAAGUAAGAUAAGCAAUCUCCUAUAAUGAAGUAACGAACGAAUCAUCAAACGUAGACUAGAGUUUAACAUUGGAGAUCAAAACAUUCCGUCCAUAUCGCCAAUUGGGUGAUUGAUUGAUCAUUAGGCAUGCUUUUUUGUCCGAAUAAAUAGUAUUUUACAUAA